AUGGUAACGCAGAAACCACUUUACACAUUUAGACGUUUCGCACAACGCAAGUACGUGUACGUGCUCUACACCACUGGCUACACCAUCGGCUACACCAUCGGCUACACCAUCGGCUACACCAUUGGCUACACCAUUGGCUACACCAUUGGCUACACCAUUGGCUACACCAUUGGCUGCACCAUUAGCUACACCACUGGCUACACCAUUGACUACACCACUGGCUACACCAUUGGCUACACCACUGGCUACACCAUUGGCUACACCACUGGCUACACCAUUAGCUGCACCAUUGGCUGCACCAUUAGCUACACCACUGGCUACACCAUCGGCUACACCAUUGGCUACACCAUUGGCUACACCAUUGGCUGCACCAUUAGCUACACCACUGGCUACACCAUCGGCUACACCAUUGGCUACAGCAUUGGCUACACCACUGGCUACACCACUGGCUACACCAUUGGCUGCACCACUGGCUAA